AUGGGCCAAAUACCAGAACCACUCAUACCACAAGCUGGAGCCCGUGUAAUGUCUCUUACUGAUGGUCUUUCCAAGAUGUCCAAGUCUGCACCUUCUGAUCAGUCUCGGAUCAAUCUCCUUGACUCAAAAGAUUUGAUUGCAGACAAAAUAAAACGGUGCAAGACAGACUCAUUUGCAGGCCUUGAGUUUGAUAAUGCUGAGAGACCUGAAUGCAAAAAUCUCCUCUCAGUAUAUCAGAUUGUUUCGGGCAAGACGAAAGAGAUAAUCGGUGAACAUAUCUUUAAUUGGUUGCACGAAGUGGAGGAAUGCAAAGAUUUGAGCUGGGGUACAUUUAAGUCUCUCCUUGCAUAUGCUUUGAUCGAACAUCUUAGUCCAAUCAAGGCCCGCUAUCAGGAGAUAACAGCUGAACCAGAGUAUUUGGACAAAAUAUUGUCAGAAGGUGCGGACAGAGCCACGGAGUUAGGGGAUGUUACAAUGUGCAAUGUGUACCAAGCUAUGGGUUUCUACCCAAGGAGGAGAUAGUGCCAAUUGAUAUUUGUGGUCGGCCGUUUUGAAGUAACAAGAAAAGAGCAAGUUACAUUGCGAAAUAUUUGUUGAUUCUUGAAUUUUGAUCAUUGUUACUUUUUGCAAUUACCAUGAUCUCUCAAAGUUUAUCACACUUCCUAUUGAUCAACCUUUGCUCAAAAGUGAAACAGAUUGGUGCACUCACUAUAUUUUUCC